ACCAAACCAUGAGCACCCGGGCUAGCAACUAUUCAUUAGUGACAACCAAGGAUUUACAAUAUCAAGUUGUGUGCGGCCACAAAAACUUCUAUACAGCCUUAUCCAGAUGAACAUGUGUUCCCAAAACUGUAACUAUUUCUUUCCCAAACUCUGCCCUUUUGACAAGAAUUAACUACAAAUGGCUUCCAAUCUUCUAAAAUUCCAUACACAAUCCAUGAAAAUUUCCCACCCCUUACUUCAUUUCCACCUGAGUAAACUGCCGUACUUAAAUCCCUUAAGCUCUUUAGGAGCGACACAACUUAACCAUCUUUAUCUCCCUGUUUUCUUCACAAAAAAACCAAAACCAAAACCAAAAUUUUCACCUUUUCAAUGUUCAUUCUGUUCUCCUACCCCACCUACCACCAAAGAAGAUGCCAUUUCCCAAGCAAAGUUCUCUCUUUCAACUACUUUAGAAAAACCACUUAACAAUCCCAAGCUUGUUGGAAGACUCAAGAAACUCAAACAACCAAGAUUUCGUGUCGAAAUUCCAGUUCUUGAUGAGUCUCCAUCUGCAAUAUGUCAGCUUGCUGUUGAUAUUUUUGGUGGCAUGAUCAUCAAAAGAAAAGGCCCAAGAAUCAAGAUUCUUCUUUUAUGGCCUAACCAAACCUUAACACAAGCUGCAGAGACAGCUUUUGAGGAAAAGUCUUCAAACACCAUCAUUGAAAAUUUGGAUAUUUCAUCAAGAAUUGAAAAUUCUGGUGAUGUGUUAGUUUUUAUGGCUCCAGAGGCUUCAAGAUUAGCACUAAUGAAGGAAAUUGCUGAUACAUUGUACCCGAAGCCCAUGGUGAUUUUCAAUCCUAAUUGGGGCUUUGAUGAAGAGGGGAGUUUUUGUGAGUUGAGUGGAUUUGUGAGUUCAUUUGAUGUUGUGUAUUCAUUUAUGGGAUUGGAGGUUAGAGGGAUAUUGAGUAAUAGAAAAGGAGUGAUGUUUAAAUGUGUUAAAGAUGGUGUUUUGAGUGGUGAGAAAUGGUACGUGUUUGUUGAAGAAGAUGGAGAGUUGAAGGUGGUUUCAAGGUUUAAAACAAGGCCAUCAAUUGUGGAAGUUGAGAAUGUUUUGUAUAACUUGAUGGCCGUGAAUUCGCCAAUCACGAAAUCAGCAAAGUUCUUGAAGGAUUUGGUGUCAAAUGUAAGGGGAAAAAAGUAAAGCACAACCAAUUCAAGAUUUGGGCAGCAUCUGUUGGAGCCAGAUAUUCAAGAUUGUGUCAGAAUCAUUUUUCUAUGUCCGAAGGAUCAAGGAGGGACAGGCAAGGGAGAUUUUUUUCCUUCAAUUUGAUUUCUUUGACUACCUUGGUAUGGAUGUUAGUCCAUGGUGGAGGAGAUUUUUUAAACCUGUCAUGGAGUUAUUUUAACAAAUUGUUAAGUCAAGGAAUAAAAUCUGCUAUAUAAUUGAAAUAUCCUAAGAACCUUUGGAGAUGUAUUUUAUCUAGAAUUUGAUUAUAAAAUUUAUCAGUAAAUUGAAUGGACCGUUGAA